AUGGUCUCAGCCUCGGCCAGGGUGCGCCCCCCAGCCAAUCAGCGGGGCGGGGGCGGAGCCUCGGCGGCUCACCUGGCGGCGGCGGCGGCGCUGUCGGACUCAGUGGUGUCCGGAACCGCCGAAGCCGUACCUGCGAGUCUCUGCAAUCGCGGCCGCGCGCUGUCCGACCCGCCGCGACCCAAGCCCACCCCACCGACCCUCCGGCCCGCCAUGGGGCCUCGGUGCCGCCGCCUUUCCGCGCUCUUGGGGCUGCUGCUCCUGCAGGUCCCAUCGCGGCUGUGCGGGGAGCCCAAUCCCUGUCGUCCCGGCUUCGGCGCCGAGAGCUACACGUUCACCGUGUCCCGGCGACACCUGGAGAGGGGCCGCGUCCUGGGCCGAGUGACCUUCGAGGGAUGUACUGGUCUGCCGAGGACGGUCUAUAACGCAGAGGACACCCGCUUCAAGGUGGACACGAACGGCGUGGUCUCGGUCAAGCGGCCCGUGCGGCUGCAUAACCCCGAGCUGAGCUUCCUGGUGCACGGCUGGGACGCCUCCUUCCAGAAGCAUUCCGCCAGGGUCACCCUGAAGCUCUCAGAACGCCAGCGCCACCGCCGCCACCACCACCACCUCCACCGCGUUCUUGCUCUUUUUCCCUUCCCCUUGCAGGAGUCUGUCGCUGGAUCCCAGCCGGAAGUGCUCACAUUCCGCAGCUUGAGCCAUGGUCUCCGCAGGCAGAAGAGAGACUGGGUCAUCCCUCCCAUCAGCUGCUCUGAAAACGAGAAAGGCCCAUUUCCUAAAGAUCUGGUGCAGAUCAAAUCUAACAGGGACAAAGAGACUAAAGUUUUCUACAGCAUCACCGGGCAGGGAGCAGACACGCCCCCUCUCGGCGUGUUUGUCAUUGAGCGAGAGACAGGCUGGCUGAGGGUGACCCAGCCCCUGGAUCGGGAGAACAUCGCCAAUUACACGCUCUUAUCUCACGCCGUGUCUUCCAACGGGAUCGCCAUCGAGGACCCCAUGGAGAUUGUGAUCAAGGUGACAGAUCAGAACGACAACAAGCCUCAGUUCAUCAAGCAGGUCUUCGAGGGCUCUGUUGUAGAAGGGGUUCUUCCAGGAACCUCCGUCAUGGAGAUCUCGGCCACGGACGCUGACGACCCGGCCACCUACAAUGCUGCCAUCGGCUAUAGCAUCCUCAGCCAGGACCCCCCGCAGCCCGAGCCCAAGAUGUUCUCCGUGGACAAAGUCUCGGGGGUCAUCAGAGUGACCACGCCUGGACUGGAUCGGGAGACUAUCCCCACUUACACGCUGGUGGUGCAGGCUGCUGACUUGGAGGGGGAAGGCUUGAUUACGACGGCCACAGCUGUGAUCACUGUCCUGGACAGCAACGACAACGCCCCCGUGUUCAACCCUACCACGUACAAGGGCACAGUGCCUGAGAAUGAAGUUGAUGCCAAGAUCACCGUCCUCAAAGUGACUGACGCUGAUGCCCCCAAUACCCCGGCGUGGAGGGCUGUGUACACCAUCACAAAUGAUAAAGACGAGCAAUUUUUUGUCACCACAGACCCCAUAACCAAUGAUGGCAUUCUGAAAACGGCUAAGGAAUUGGAUUAUGAGGCCAAGCAGCAGUAUAUUCUCUACGUGGUAGUGACUAACGAAGCCCCCUUUGACGUCCAGCUGACCACCUCCACGGCCACCGUAACUGUGGACGUGGAAGAUGUAAAUGAGGCCCCCAUCUUUGUGCCUCCUGAAAAGACUGUGUCUGUGCCAGAAGACUUAGCCGUGCAGACAGAAAUCGGAAUCUACACGGCCCGGGAACCAGACACUUUCAUGACUCAGAAGAUAACGUAUCGAAUUUGGAGAGACCCUGCGGAUUGGCUGGGGAUUAACCCUGAAACUGGUGCCAUUUAUUGUCUGGCAGAGAUGGACAGAGAGAACACAGAGUACGUGAAGAAUAGCACCUACGAGGCCCUCAUCAUCGCCACGGAUGACGGGUCCCCGGUUGCUACUGGAACAGGAACUCUCCUCCUCCACCUCAUCGAUGUCAAUGACAAUGCCCCCGAGCCAGACCCCCGCAGGCUGGACUUCUGCCAGAGGGACCCACACCCGCAGGUCAUCAACAUCAUCGACCGCGAUCUUCCCCCCAACACUGAGCCCUUCACAGCCGAACUCACCCACGGGGCAAGUGUCAACUGGACCAUCCAGUUCACUGAUGAAGAGAAAAGAAAUUCUCUCCUUCUGAAGCCUGCGAAACACCUGGAGGUGGGUGAUUACAAAGUUAACCUCAAGCUCGCGGAUCAACAGAAGAAAGACCAGGUGACCACGUUGGAUGUGUUUGUGUGUGACUGCGAAGGGAACAACAACUGUAAGCGCCUGAGCCCAUACGUCGAGGCCGGACUCCAGGUCCCCGCCAUCCUGGGCAUUCUCGGUGGCAUCCUCGCCCUGCUGAUCCUGCUGUUGCUGCUGCUGCUGUUUAUCCGGAGGAGGACGGUGGUCAAAGAGCCCUUACUGCCGCCCGAGGACGACACCCGGGACAACGUUUAUUACUACGACGAAGAAGGAGGCGGCGAAGAGGACCAGGACUUUGACUUGAGCCAGUUGCACAGAGGCCUGGAUGCUCGGCCCGAAGUGACUCGCAACGACGUGGCGCCCACUCACCUGACCAUGCCCCAGUAUCGGCCACGUCCUGCGAAUCCAGACGAAAUUGGAAACUUCAUUGAUGAAAACCUGAAGGCGGCCGACACGGACCCCACGGCGCCCCCCUACGACUCCCUGCUGGUGUUCGACUACGAGGGCAGCGGCUCUGAUGCGGCCUCCCUCAGCUCCCUGAACUCCUCAGACUCGGACCAGGACCAGGACUACGACUACCUGAAUGAGUGGGGCAACCGCUUUAAGAAACUGGCCGACAUGUACGGGGGCGGCGAGGAUGACUGAGGGAUGCCGGAGUCUCCUGCGAGGGCCGGAAGAGCUACCGGUG